AUGAAGGUCAGUCUGAUAUAUCAGCUGUUUAGUCUUUUCGUUAUUUCACCAUUUGUCGGAAUCGUGUUGUUUGCAGCUGCUUUUGGUGAUGAUGAUGAUUUCCCCUUCAGUACAGUGAUCGAUAUACUUUCACAGAACCCAGAGUUUUCGACUUUUUUACGACUUAUUCAACGAGAAGGCCAUGUUCCGACGCUAAAUGCUAUGGAUAACUAUACAUUGUUUGCCCCAGUGAACUCUGCAUUUAUAGAUGAUGAUGAAUCUAGUAUUGGCGCCGAUUUUGUCUUAGAAAACUACAUCUUGUCGGAUGACGUACUGAUUAUUUCAAAUAUCGCACCAGGAACGUACCUCUUGCAAUCAGAAUCUUACCCUAUGUCUUUAUAUAAGGGAAACGAUGGUAAAAGUGCGCUAAAUGAUGUCAUACAUAUAGUAGAUCCAAACUUGUCGCCGAAUUUCCAAAAUGCCACUGUUCACGGCAUAGAUGCGUUCAUUAAGAAACCACCCACGUUAUACGAUUUGGUUUCCUCACACGUUGAUACUGAAAGGGAACCAAUAACGCUAAUGAAACACCUUAUCGAAAGCUCAUAUCAAGACAUUGACAGUAUGGAAGUGGAUAGGUUUAAGUUACAACCCUUUGUCAAUGGGUCCACCAUUUUUUUGCCCACUGAUAAAGCGUUGCGUAAGUUUUUCAAUGAUAUAGAGUUGAGCUACUUGUUUGACCUCAGUGAUUCGGAAUUCACGGUACCUGCGAGGAAGCAGGAUAUUGAAGUUCUCAUCAAAAAGAUUACAGUAAAUAAACUCUUUGGUGGUGUGAUACGUCAAAAUGAUGAUAUAAUAGAAAACAAGAACGGGGAACCUUUGACGGUAUUUUCGAAGAAUAAAGGUCGUGAUCUUGUUGUUAAUGGUUCGGCAGCUUUGAUGAGUAAUUUAAUUUAUGACCAAGGCAUUGUGCAUGUAGUAUCAGAUCUACCAAUUGUGGAUACAGAUUUGGAUUUUAAUGCAGAGAAGUAUUUAAUGGGUCUUAACGCAUCGUCUUUCGUGGAAGAAUUGUAUAUUAGAGAAUUUCAAAGAUUAAUUGAGGAUCCAAAUACUGAACAAACGAUAUUCGUAACUAAAGACGCUUUGUUUGAGAGUUCUGCAGCUGGAGGAUUGUCGAAGGCUCAGUUAUUGUACCAUUUUAUAGAACACAAGGUGAAUUUAACGGAUGAUUUUAAAGAUGGCGUAUUCCCUACGCGAUUAUAUGAAUCGAUGUAUUGCUCAUCCAACAAGAAAUUAGGCGGCAAAUGUCAGCGGAUGAAAAUAUCUAAAUUUGGUGAGCAUCUGUAUUUGAACGAGAAAUUUCACGUUUUGAACUUAGAUCCAAUUUUGAUCGAUAAUACCAUGAUUUAUAUUGUUGACGACAAUCUCAUGCUUCCAGGUGAUCUCAUUCCAUCAGUGAAUCCCUUUUUCCAUUGUUCAAAAUCAUUGAAAUUCUUGCAGCAGUUGAAUCUUCUAGAUUUGAAGCCAAAUAAAGAGGGAUAUACCUUACUCUUACCUUGCUUCAAUUCGUGGAGUGAAAUGCAGCUUGUUACAGAUUACCUACAAAGAAAUAUUUCUGCUAUGAAUAUAUUGAUGAAGAAUUACGUCUUGAACGGUUUAAUCUAUUCCGACGAUUCGAACAAUACCAUGAAUACCACAAACUUAUAUGGAGAAGAAGUUCUUGUUGAAAUAGGGACAUCAAACAGCUCCACAGAUUACUUGCCUUUAUCCUUGUCCACCGUUGAUCAUGAAAUUGAGCUCAAAAAAAGUUUUGAUAUGAUAUUCAACCAAGGAGUAGUUCAUCCUGUGAAUGAGGUUUUUUUCCCCGAAAACUUGGAUAUACAUUUGAGACAUUUGAUAGAAACGAUCGGUACUUACGACUUCUUAGUCUUCCUAGAAAAAUAUCCAGAGUUCAACGACAUAUUGACAGGAUCUGCACCAUACUCAUUGUUGAUACCGACACAGAGAUCAUUACUAAUGGAAGGUAUUGAUCUCAAUUACACCAAAUUAGAGAAGUUUUUAAAACUUCAUAUUUUACCCGAAAAUCAAACAAGUUUAUUGUUAGAAUGUGCAGAUAAGAUUGAUACAACUGCAGGUGAAUCUUUAAAAUGUAGAGAAGCUUCAGAUAAUGUUUUGCUACUCAGUGUGAUAGAUGGUAUUGAUAAAGAAGUUAGAAUUUUGAAGAAAGGCUGCACGAGCAACAACAGCGCAUCAUGCGUUUUCUUGAUUGAUAGACCAAUUUCUGUUAACUGGUUAAGUAAGGAAAGGUACAGCAUCACGUUGCCUGCCCUCUCUUUUGCAUUAGGUACUGUUUUAGGCACAAUGUUUUUGUUUUCUUUACUUUUGUGCGUUAUUGUGACAUGUGCCCAUAAGAAGCCAUCAAAAGGAUAUAAAUCUCGCAGAGCUUCUGAUGCAGAAAACAACGAGGAAGAACCAUUAAUUCCGUCUGAAAACAGUUCUGCUGUUGUUCCAAAUUCCAGCUAUCAAGCCACUGUUAACGCUGCUAGAAAUCAUAACCAAGUUUCACCCACUUUUGAAAGCUCGUAUUCCUCAAAUGCGAAAACAGCACCAAUGAAAGUAGGCCAAAAUAUCACCGAAGGUUUAGCUAGGGAUUGA